AUGCGUACGCUCUGCCUCGCGGCGGCGCUGCUGCACGGGGCCGACGCCUUCGGGUCGGUUGGAGGCAUCCCACAGGUCAUCUUUGUGCACGAUGCCGUCCUCGAUGACUUUCUCGGCGAGGCGCUCGUGAUGGAGGCGCACAAUAAGGGAGAGAUCAACUUGCUCGGCUCGAUCGUCAUCAACGCGGACAGCGUGCCACCGACGUCGUUCAAAAUCGUGGACAAGUUCCGCGCCUCCUAUUACGGGGAAGCUGUCCCCAUUGGCAGCAAUGCCGCUCGGCUCUUCAAUCCGUUCCCAAUGGCGUACCGGACCGACUCCGACAAGAUGUACAACCUUGAGUCGGUCAAGGUCAUGCCCGAACCAAAUAUGGACACCUGCAUCGCCGACGGCGAGGUUUGGCUCGAGGCAACGCUCGAGGCGGCGGCCGAUAACAGCAUCACCCUGUUUCAGGCGUGA